AUUCUCCGAGAGAUUCCACGUAUAUAGACAAGGGUUGCUUGUGUUGAUUCAGUGUCAUCGUAAAUAACUCUUGGUCAACUUUAACAAGUGAUUAAGAUUUGUUUACUUAUAAGGUUAACUUUAUGCUUUGUGACAGUGAAUAUAAAACAUUGAACAAACCUGAUGUACAUUAAGAAGCUAAAAAGUUACAGUGGAAACGAGCAAAUUUCAAAAAAGUAAAGCAUCUGGUGAUAGCAGUUGAUUUAAAAUAAAAAAAGAGAGAAAACAGCCAGAAAAUGUAUAGGGUUUAGGUGUUGGCAGAUAGUUGGCUGGAGAACUAACGAAAGAAGACCAUUGGUAGCUCCGCUUCUCGACGUCAAAGAAAGUGAAAUUCAAGAUGCCUUCUGAAAAUUUGGAGAACGUGAAGCUAGAGCCCAUAGGGACAACCAAAAACGGCAGUUACCGUUUGGACCUCCCGGACUUAGGGAAGCUCGACGAGCACUCCGUUCUCUUGGAUGAAGGAACCGGUGACAAAGGCCAAGACGACGAGGAGUAUGAUCCCCACCUCCAUAGACAAGUAGAAAAACCGACGACAAAUGCAGAAACCCUUAUACAUCUGCUCAAGGGAUGUCUUGGGACAGGCAUCCUGGCGAUGCCGGAAGCCUUCAAGUUCUCUGGAAUGGCAAAUGGGAUAAUUUCUACGAUACUUAUAGGUGCCCUUUGUACAUACUGCCUGCACGUAUUAGUUAAAGCCCAAUACGUCCUUUGCAAAAGAUUGAAAGUCCCAUUGUUAACAUAUCCAGAGUCAAUGAAAGUAGCUUGUGAAUUAGGUCCUCCGUGCCUUAAAAAAUUCGCCCCAUACGCUCCCGACGUGACGAACUUCUUCUUGGUGUUCUACCAAAUAGGGAUAUGCUGCGUCUACGUCGUCUUCGUCGGAAAGAACUUGAAGGCUGUCGUAGACAUAUACACGGAACCUAAGGAGUUGUCUCUGACUGUGUAUAUAAUCAGCGUGUUCCUACCUUUCGUGCUCAUCAUAUGUGUGCGAAACUUAAAACUGCUAGCUCCGUUCUCAGUGGUAGCGAACAUCAUCACUUUUAUCACUUUCGGUGUUGUCGGGUAUUAUGUCUGCCAGCAACUGCCAGCUUUCAGCGAUUUACCAGCCUUUGGAACUUUGUUCAAUUACCCUUUGUACUUCGGAACAACGCUGUUCUCCCUCCAAGCCGUUGGGGUGGUGAUCGCUCUUGAGAAUAACAUGAAGACUCCCAAGACAUUUAGAGGGGCUUUUGGUGUUCUAAACGUAGGAAUGGGCAUAGUAACAGUCAUCUAUGUUCUUAUGGCCAUGAUGGGUUAUUGGAGAUACGGAGAAAAAAUUAAGGACAGCAUCACUUUAAAUUUCCCAAAGGAAGAUAUAUUAGCUCAAGUCAUUAAGAUAAUGUACUCCAUAGCCAUUUUCAUCUCUUAUGGGCUUCAGGGAUAUGUACCAGUUCAAAUAUUGUGGACGAAUUACAUAGAGAAGCACUUGGAGAACAAACAGCUGUUUUGGGAGUACGUGUUGCGUGUUGGUUGCGUUCUGGUUACUUUUGUCCUAGCAGCCACCGUACCCCUUCUGGGGCUCUUCAUAUCCCUCGUAGGGGCGUUCUGCCUGUCAGCACUGGGCAUUGCUUUCCCGGCCAUUAUAGAGCUGUGCGCUUACUGGCCCAACAACCUGGGUCCUGGAAAAUGGAUCCUAAUUAAGGACGUCAUCCUUAUAAUCAUAGGAAUAGUUGGUCUGUGUGCCGGUAGUUACAGCUGCAUAUACUCAAUAGUCAAUGAACUGGCGAAGGGGAAUACGUGAACGCGUUUAGAAAAUUCGCCGCAAAACAUAAAAGCACAGCCGUAGCGAGGAGCUCUACGCUUGGAUUCAAAGAAGACAUUUUUAAUAUUAGAAUUUUAGAUGAUGUUUUAUUUAUUAUAUAUAAAUGUUUUUUAUAUUUAGUAUCUAGGCUUACGCCUCAAUCUUUACAUUCGGUUAGGUACCUUUUAUUGUGAUUUUCAAAGACCAUUGGCUGAUAUUCCAUGUUCAGAGAUCUGAUAAGCAAAUUAUUUAAUAAAAUAUGAUUUAAUUUUU